AUGAAUUGCGAAGAGUGCGGUUUAAGAAAAGCCAGUGCAGUAUGUGUUGAGUGCGAGCAGUCACUUUGCCCAGACUGUGACGAAGCUUUACACAAAGGUGGCAAAAGGAAAAGCCAUCUUAGGCAUCAGAAAUGCAUGCUUUGCAAAAAUCUUGCAUCCAUUCAAUGCGAUACCUGCACCCUCAUGCUUUGUUCAUCCUGCUCCUCUCCACACAUGGCCCAUAUUUACCAGCCAGUCAGCCAGUCAAAAGGUCUUGAGGUACUAUCAUCUCAAUACCCACAGCCUAAGUCGAAUUUUCCUGACUUUCUUGCCCCUUCUAGAAUCCUGCCACCUGAAAGCAAGCCUAGAUCAGUUGAAAACGUCUAUGAAGUCAAAGAAAUUAAAAAAUUGCAAGAUUCUGACAUAGAAACCAAAAUUUCUGCAGUGGACCAAAUUUCAGAAUACCUCAAAAACGAAGCAAGCAAAGGAUUUUUGCUGCACGAGGUGCCUGACUUGAUCCAGUACCUCUGUGCUCAUUUAGCUGUCAACAGUGACUCCAUUAUUAAAUGGCUAAGACUUGCUGAAAAAAAGAAAAUAAUUCAUUUCACAGUGAGGGAAUUCGAAGAUACCUCAAUUGAAUUUGUAAGCUUAUGACUUGAACAAGUCACCUUAGAAAUUCUACUAUGGACUUUAAGGUCACUAAAAAACGACGAAAUGAUGCCGACUGAAAAAGCGAUCCAAUGCAGGAUGAGAGAAGUUUUUGACUUAAAGCCAACUGAUUCGCAAUGAAAUCAGCUAAUACAGAAGGCCAGGAACCAUUCGAACUCGAGCUUCUCAGAAUUCAGCUUAUUCUCUCAGCCUUCACAAGUAUUGCCAAAAUUCAAUAUAAGGGAAAUCAGUGACCCUUCGACUGGGAGUAGAACUCUUGUUAUUUAUCCAAACAACGAAGAGUGGAUAGGGCUCGACCAGCACUCGAAGUUCGGGGACUAUUUAAACAUAAAAAGUACAGAAACAUGGGACGAAUUUUAUAAAUUCUUACUCCUUUUAGAGCAUUAUAAAGUUUUAAAUUAGAAUUUAUUAAAAUCUUAAAAUAAAUUAUCCAUAUAAAGAGCGAGCAAAAUAUUGCUGCUCUCAAUGAAGGAGUUAGAAGAUUAUUUUACUAUUAGAAAGCCGAAAAGAUCAAGGCAGGCUGACAGUCUCAGAGCAAUCCCAGGUGGCCGCUAUGGCUGUGCCCAGUUUAUCAAGCUCUGUGGGCCGAGAUCAGUCAAAAACUGUUCCCUUGGAAAAGUAAGCUAUAUGGUGCAGCUUGCAAUAAACGAAGAUCUGCUCAGGUACCAGAGAACUUUGCUGGUAUGGACUUCCAAUCACCAAAGAACAGUCUCUAAAGGAGAAAUUCAGCGGAAAAUGCAAGCGAUUGAGCAAGCAGUAUUAUCAAUACUUUCAAAAACUCCACAAGGAAUUUCCCUAGCUCAGCUUCCUUUAUAUCUCAAACGAGCUUUGAAGUUUCAAUUAAACAUUGCUGAGCUAGGUUUUGCCAAACUCAAGGAUCUCUUGCUUACUUUUCCCCGCGUCACAGUCGAGCUGAGAGGCACAAACCACCCUUUUGCGGUCCUAAAAGACCCAAAAUCAGAUGAUAGCUUUGAUUAUCACCCAAGUCCAGACACCAUUCUCGGCUAUGUCUACCAGAUUUUCAGAGACAAUAAAUUUGGGAUUUCUGAGUCAAAACUUGAGCCUCUACUUUACGAUAAAAUUGGGAAAAGCAUUGAUUGGUCUAUUUAUCAGACCACUAGCCUGGCUGACUUUAUAGGGAUUUUUGCAGGGUCCCAGUUUGAAGUAAUCAGGACUAAGGAUACAAAUAUGAUAUUCAAAAUUGAGAAUCCGUCAUAUAACUACUUUUAUUCACCCUUUAGGGAUAACUACAGCUCUGUGAUGAUGGAAAAAAUGCAGCACUCUCCUCAUCUUCAUCAGACUUCGUAUAGUCUUGAUUUUCCAGACAGCAAAGGGAAAAUCGUGAAUAUUUCAAAUAUCCCUCUUGAUUUUGCAAAAAAUGAAGAGCUGACUGAUGAAAUGUAUCGUUAUUUUGAUAACUUCUAUGAUGGGAGCACUGAUGUAUCAAGUGCUUGGAAUAGUUUGAGCAUGAAAAAUGAAAAAAUAAAUUGUGAAAAGAAGUCGCACUUAAGAACACAUAGUGAAGGGCUCAAUGAUGUGAUUGAAGCUAAAAAUCCACAGCAUGCAAGCUGGCUUACUCUCCCUUUUAAGAGAGAAUUUUUUCACUCUUAAAGGAGGCUAAUUUUCCCAAAAAUAAUAAAUGAUGUUCUCCCACUUAAAGGAAGGGAGCUAGUACUUCAGAAAUUAAGCCACCUCCGGGAUUUGAAUAA